CUGACGAAAAUUAAUGUUUCAUUUGGAGUAGAAGUUUGGCUUUGGUAUAUACGACGCCUUCAUAUAUUGCACGUCCGAUGUAGAUUACUAGAGGCAAGCACAAUUCCCUGCAAAUCAAAGCUUGUUAUCCUGAAAGUGUCGCCUGAUUCCGUCAACAUGCCCGUGGCUUUAAGUGAGUGGAGAGUCCGAAUCGGAACUUUUAUCCAUAGGAUAAAAGAAUGGGUGGUCAGAGAGAUGAGAGAAGAAUUGCUUAAAGAGCGUAUUCAGAGGUUAAGGGUUCUUUGGAAACGACUCAAAGCGAAGAAGGAUGAUUCUAACGGAGGGUCGCAAGAUAACAAGCCCAGACAAGAUGAAGUGGAUUCAUGUGAUUCUUCGUUGGUAAAUCAACAAGGCGAUGCCGAACCAAGCACUAAAACGGGUCAAGAUUCACCACAGCCGUGUUGUGUAGGGAGUGAUACGUUACAUCAUGAACCAUCUGGUCAAACGGUAACAUCUCAGACAGACUCCGCUUCAUUAAGUACACCGACACAUCCAACCUCGGGAGUUUGCCUAUCCCGCCCCUUUCUGUCUUCCUUUCUGUCUCCUUCCUUUUAUUUUUGCUUUCCUGUUAUUUUCCUAUUGUUUUCUUCGUUAUUGUUGCCCCUUUCUCCCGGAUUUGGUAUUCCCGUUUCUGUUUCUCUUCCCUUCCUUGUCGUCUUUCUGUUUUUACUUUCACUUUUUCUCUCCACAUUCCUUCCCUUUUCCCGACGGGAGCGAAGUUUUGGAGAGUGUCACACCUCCACAGCCUCUCCAUCAAAAUACGGCUCUGGCACGAAUGAAGCGGUUGAUGAACAGUUACCUCGGCAACCUAAUCUACAGGAGUUAAUGCUUGUUACUGCGGGGGAUGUGGAGCUCAACCCAGGCCCUCAUGAAGGUACUCUUCAAGAAAAGGAACUUGUAUUACUUGCGAAAGAGGUUCCUGGUAACGUAUACGACGAGUUGUGCAUCGGUCUUGGCUUCAGCUACACAGAGGGCCAGAAUGUUCUGACAAAACGUCUCCUAGACAUCCCAGGAGCUUUGAUCGAACUGUUCUGCCGAUGGAAAAUCAGGCAGAGAGAUGGCACAGACUGCAGGGCAGUACUCGGAGGAAUUUUGAAAGAUACCAACAUGGGUUCGCUUCAGAAAAGGCUACUGGAAGGAGAAUAUCUUAAAUCUGAAACUGAAGAGAAUGUGCCGAACAAGGGGACCACCGAACAGGCCAUGACCGAGGAGCAGGUUUCUCGGUGCGCUGAAGAACUCAAGUUAUUCUAUAGAGAACGAAUGUGUAAAAUAAAGCCUGAUCCGCUUGCUUUCGAUCUAAUCUAUGAAUUCGAAGAAAUUUACACUAACUUAACUCUUCUGAGAAAUGAAAUGGGGAUAACGAAGAAGAAAGGAUCACUUGAAUACAAGGAUCUUCUAACUACAAAGAUUAAUGGAGUACCUCCUAAACGUCUCCUAGUUGAAGGUGAAGGUGGGGUUGGUAAAACAACGCUAUGUUCAAAGAUUGCUUGGGACUGGACCAAUGGAUCGGAAGCGUAUAAUCACUUCAGUUGGGUACUUGUUGUACCACUGCGCAACGUUAUCAAGGGUGAAUCAAUUGGUGAUAUCAUGAAAAAUUAUCUUCACAACAAUAAUAACGUAAGCCCCGAACAGAUCGCGAAUUACAUGAAUUCUCAUCCUUCGGAGAUUCUGAUUAUACUUGAUGGAUUUGAUGAGUAUAAUGGGGACCUCUCGACCGAUGACACUUCAGGUAUUUCUCAGAUUCUACGCUUGAAAAUGCUUGAGCAGUGCACAGUCCUGGUAACAACGAGGCCAUGGAGGGCAGAUCAGAUCAAAUGCAACCAGGAGCUGAGUCGUUGUUAUUGCUUUAUUGCUGUAGAGGGAUUUAGUACUAAAAAUGUAUCGAAAUACAUCGGAAAAUUCUUUGCAAAGGAUAGACAGUCUGGAUUAGAUCUACAGCAGUUCAUACAAGGAAAUGACGUCAUCAAGGAGAACAUGGCCCCGUUCCCAAUCUAUGUAGCCAUGCUUUGCGUCUUGUGGAAAGACAUCGGCGUUGAGAAACGAGAAAUAAUACGCAAACUGAAAACAUUCUCACAAUUAUUUGAACAAAUGAUAAUUUUCUUACGAGACCAUUAUCUAUCAAAAUUGAAGUCUAGCAACACUCUGAAUGAAGAACAAUUGAAAAAUGAAUUGAAAGCUGCUGAAAAAUGCCUCCAGCAGAUCGGUUCUGUCGCAUUUCAGGGGCUCCUUGAAAAGAAGUUGGUUUUCAAAGUUGAUGACUUCAGCUCUUGUAAGGACGCCAUGACAACAAGUUGCAGAAUAGGGAUACUUAGCAAAGAGCAAGAACAUGUACCUAGACAUAAAAGAUCCAUUCGUGAUUCCCAGGCCGUAACAGCAAGCGUUUUCUUUCCUCAUAAACUGUUCCAGGAAUACGUGGCAGCUCUCUAUCUUGCUUCUGUUUACGAAUCUGAUCUCCAAAAAUACAACGGGUUGACGGAAAGAUUGCUGGAAGAAAAUCCCCAGGAGUUCCGUUUUCUCCUUUAUUUCACUGCUGCUCAGCUAAAGGAAGCAGGAUUAGACAUUGUAGAUAGAUUGCAUCAUUUGUAUUCUGGAAAUAAAAAAUCGAAGAGGAAGAAAACAGAUAUUGCUUUCCUUGUUGACGUCACUUUCGAAGCAUAUCACGAAGAUGCUGCAAAGAGGGUAGGACAAUGGCUAGAUGCAGAAGACAGAGCUUUGACGAUCAACAAGGCGCUGUCUGCGCAUACGGUGUCUGGAUACCUGUUCAUCAACGAACAUCAUGGAGUGAAAACACUGGACGUAAGAAAAACAAAGCUUGGCUCGUCGACAUCUCUUGUUAUAGCCAACGCAGUUUUAUCGUCCAGCUCAUUGACAACAUUGAAGCUUCUGGAAACAAAUCUCCACGAUAAUUUCUAUAAAUUCAUCUUAGACCAUAUUUCAAAGGACGGGACAACGACCAGCAAUGUUCAACUGCUAUGUACAGAUCAUAGGCUGAUUGGAAAAUUACACAACUUUGGCAUAAGAAUUGAAUUGGCAUUCCCUAUGCUGAAAAAAAUGAGUGUAUCAACUCUUCAAACUACCUCACCGGUGAUAGUUCAAACGUUGGCACAUGCCAACCUGAAAGAGUUAUCAAUUGAGCGUGGAGAGGAAGACACAAGAGGUCUAGGGUCCUUAGACAGCAAUCUGAUUCCACUGAUUGGAGAGCCUGAUUUACUUGGGAGACUUUUCUCAGAUACAUUCUCUCAACUUACCUCUCUAGCCUUCAUAAAGCUGAUGAUGGGCAACAAACGCACUGAAUCUAUUCUUCGAAAUCUAAGAAAACACCAGCAUUUGAAAACAGUAAGUAUCAUCGAUUGUUUUACCGAUGACGAACUGGAUCCUCUGGCAGAAGAAAUAAAUGCUGAGAACAGGAUGAAAAUAACGCUUCAACAUAACAAGGGACAAAGGAGAUUAGUUGUCAAGUUAUCAACAGACUUGUUAGAUGCAAUUUGCAAUCGAACGAGUGUUUGUGAGUUGACUCUAACCGGACUGAAGAAAGAUGACUUGUGCUUUCCAGACCUUCAUGACAAAGAGGUAGAUUCAAAAGUAAGUGAAAUGCCCCUGUUACUGAAGAUGAUCACCAUUUUCGGGGAUGGAGGGGGGAGGCGGUUUUUUUUUUUAGAAAAUAUCAACCAUGACUAAAUGGUUAGUUAUGAUUACAGGCCUACAUAGAACUGUGACAUAACUUAUAUUAAUGGUGCUCUGUAAAAUAAAUGAAGGGCUAAUUUAGCACUUAUAGUGCUUUUAUAGUGACUGCACGACGAGUGCCGAUUUUCUAGUUUAAAAUUUAACUAGGAAUUCAUCUCUCGUAGUGCAGUCACUAUACAAACACUGUAAGUGCUAAAUUAGCACUUCAUUUUUUACAGUGUGUAAGAUAUGUUUGUUAUUUUGUUUUUAUUAUUUACAUUCAUGUCAUAUAUCUCUUUGUUUACAUGUUUCAUCGAACACAUCUGUAGAUAUCAUUUUAGAAUUAUUUCUCCUGAUAUCCAAAACUAAGGUGGGGGAAUUAUAUUUUGAGAAUGGGUAGAAGCGGACCACCCAAACCCCCUCCCGCCCCUCCCCCCAAGUCUCUUCAAGCUGUAAAUGUACUAGUAUUCAACCCGUUUUGCGAGUUUCUUCAAAUAUAUAGAAAUAUGGAAUUUACCUGAAUUUCAGACCUGUCUUAUUUCCAAGCGCAAAUGCUGGUGCUUCUGUUUCCGUUAUUUUUUUCUUCAACCAGUCGACUGUGCGCGCGGGCGAUCGAAUUACAUGGCGACGGGUUUUUGCACUAGUAUUCAACCCCUCUGCACUAGUAUUCAACCUAGUGGUGAUAGAUGGCGCUAUCUCACAAUCUCAAACGGCGUAGAUUGCCCCACUAUUAUUAUAUAUGAUAUAUUAUCAUUCUCCUCCGACUUUGACUAAUCCCUGUUUUUUCUCACCACAAAUGGGAUCUCUUCCAAUAGUCGAAGGGGGGGGGGGGGGCUGGGGCCCCCUCGUUUUUUUUCUUUUUAAAGGGGAUGGCUGAUGGAUACUCGUGAUGUGAUGUUCUCUUUUUAUCUCAUUAUUAAAAAGUGUGUAAAAAAAUGUGUGUCUCCACUGAAUUCUCUGAACGUCCUAAGGAACAUAUAUUCUUCAUUACCAAUUGUUGUCUUCUACUUUAUCCUUUGGCCUAAUGCACAGUUUGAGUCCCCUUGGAAUUCAGGUACGUAUGCUAACAAGUAGAAAUCAAACCAAAAGCUCUUCAUGUUGCAGUGAUCGAAAAAAAAAAUUACAAAAAAAUCUUUCUUGGGGCCAGGAAUCUGAUCUUUAUUUGGCU